ACCCAGGUGGCAAUGGCAUAGGCGUUUCGCUGUUCAUGAUCGCGUCUCUGUGUGAAUAUAAUGCUCAAUUUGCAUCAUUUCCUCCAAUUCUUUUAAUUUUUCCUCUCAGACUCGAGUCUCCGAUUCCCUUUUUGCCUUUCCAAACCCUGUGAAAUAGAUUUGCAAAGUUCCUUUCUUUACUUGUGUUGACUUCAGCAAAUUCCAUUUUUCAGCGGCUGAUUGGAAAAUGGUUUCCCCGGAAAACACGAAUUGGCUGUAUGAUUAUGUAGUGUAGGAUGUCUCUGUUCCUGAAGGGAAUUUCUCUGCUCAAGAUUCUGGAUUUUCGUGGUCUGUGCAACCCUUGAAUGGUUCAUCCAUUGUCAGGUUAAAAUUCAACCGUAUUAUCGCUAUAGUCCUUUGCCGAAAUAUAACCAACUGUGGAUAUUCUUGGUGUUUGCUCAAAGGUCAAUGAUGUUGAUUGGAAAGGUCUGGAGAUAAUUUUCUUACCAAUUAUUUUAGUGCUUCUGGAUGGAAUAGUUUGUAAAAUUUGUGGGUCUGAUGGAAAGAGGACGGUGUUCUGGUAUAUGUGUUUGAAGUCAGUCGUUGAAAAUGAUUGCUCAUUUGGGGAUUCAGAUGUCCAGAAGGAACUUGGCUCAAAGAAGCGGGCUAGAGCUGAAUCUUGUGCUCCAUCAAAUUCCAAAGCAAGAAGGGAGAAGCUACGAAGGGAUAAGAUGAAUGACAGGUUUAUGGAAUUGAGUGCUCUCUUGGACCCUGGAAGACCUCCCAAAACAGACAAGGCUGCUAUUUUGCUUGAUGCUGCUCACUUGGUGACUCAACUACGAGGUGAAGCCGGGAAGCUAAACAACUCAAAUACAGAUCUACAGGAAAAGAUUAAAGAGCUAAAGGCUGAGAAGAACGAGCUCCGCGAUGAGAAGCAAAGGUUGAAGGCCGAGAAGGAAAAGCUUGAGCAACAACUAAAGACAACAAAUGUGCAACCGGGCUUUCUACCUGCUCCUACCAUGCCUGCUGCAUUUGCUGCCCAAGGUCAGGCUACAGCGAACAAGUUUGUGCCUGUCAUCAGCUAUCCAGGAGUCGCCAUGUGGCAGUUCAUGCCUCCUGCUGCUGUCGAUACUUCACAGGAUCAUGUGCUUCGUCCGCCAGUUGCCUAAGUUGGCAGUCAACUCCUAUAUUAUGUUGGAGUGGUAUUGUGGUUCAAUUGUUGAUUUGUUUAGUCAACUGUCUCGACUAUAUUAAUUUUUGCCGACUAUCUAACUUGUGAACGAUGUGAUGUAUGUGUGAUAGUUGACUUUGAUAAAUAAUCAUUAUGAAAUGAUUGUUCACUUCGAUAAA